GAGAACACAGGCCGUCGCGACAUCGAGGAAAUCAAGAAGCAUACCGCCAUAAUCUUGAAGGUGCCGAGGGGCAUCGGCCAGAAGCCGCUCGAGCUCGUGCUCGCGCAGGUGGCCGCCCAGAAGCCCGAGUGGAAGCUCAAGAAGGGCGAGGUGAAGCCCUGGGGGACGAGCAUGGCCAAAAGGCUGCGGGCCAUGCGUCGAGACGUGGACCAGGCCUUGAUCAAGCAGCGCAGCAUGGACAGGGAUGUACCAGAGUGGCUCCAGCCCUUCGUGGAGGACGCGGACGACGACGCGGAGCUGCCGAACCCCGACCACUACGCCUUCAAGUACGACGCGGAGCUGCAGGUGGCUCAGCGGCAGAAGCGGCUGCCGAACGACACGCUGGGCGCCGCGGAGAGCUCCCUCGCGCUCAAGGUGGAUCCCGGAGCCGAGCCCACAGAUAAUGUUGUAGCCCAUUGGAGUGACGAGAUGGCGUGGACUAUCCCCACGCUGACUAACAUCCAGCUGAAGGCGAUGCGCGACUCUGCAGAGCCGACGUCGCAGAAGUCGCUGACGCACUUCGCGAUCGAGAACGAGGACGGCGAGAUGUGGAAGAUUCUCCAGAAGAACCAGCGGAACAUCUCCAUGCUCUGCGUGAUGAAGGGGGCGCAGCAGAAGCUGCAGCUGGUGGUGACUGAUAUCACGAGUGAGAAGGGUCAGGAGGACAUCUUGAAUGGCAUGAUUGACAUCUGCAAGCGGAUGUCCACGUACAAGCUCGAGAAGGACGACGCCGAGGUGGAGAAGGUCGUGCUCAAGAAGCGGAUCAAGAAGGUCGAGGACGCAGAGGCGGAGGUUGCGGCGGGCGCUGCUAAGUCGGGCGGCGCCGCAGGGUCGGAUGCCGCAUCGGGCGCUUGGACCCCUAGCGGCGCCAAGAGGAAGCUGUCACCGACAUCCCAGGAGAAGGCGCCGCCGAUGAAGCGCCCCGCGGCCGCGAGCGAGCUCGCCAGCAAGGACGGCUAUCCCGACGGCGAGUGCGCCGCCGAGACGUUCGACGCCAAGCCCAUCGUCGCGGCGUCCGGUGGCUUGGCGGGCGAGGUAGCUUGGCGGGAUGCCAAGCAGGAGGGGAAGAGCGAG